GCGUUUUGAAUGUUUCUUCUGUUUUCCUGCAAGAAAGCAUAAAAUAAAUUAUUGAACCAAAAGAAAAAAAAAGAAAAAAAGAAAGAAAGAAAAUUUACCAAAAAAUAUAAAUAAAUAAUUCUGUCAUUUUUUUUGUUUAAAGAAUUAAUGGUCAAUCACCACCACCAUCAUUGCUGUUGCAUUUCUUUAUAUGACUUCUCUAGUUAGCUUGCCACGCUAUGCCUACUGGUGGUUUCUGCGGUUUGAAGCCAUUGCUUUUCGCUCACCGCAAGCUUUCAAGAUUUGAGAUAGUGAAAAGCGCUCACCUAUUCAAGAGUCAGAAGAAGGACGUGAAAGGACCAAAGAUGGAACGUUCACGUCGAUGCACAGGCAACUUUAUCUUGAUGAUGGAAUUUAGGAGGAAGAUCUUUACUUUCAGGGACAUCAUUGACCUGCCACCUUGUGAUGGCAGUGAAAGUAUAAAUGAACUAGUGGCGAGAACCAUUAAGGAUCUAUACAAGUUUCAACCUGAAAUCAUAUCCAGAAGCCAAUCGUCAGAACUUAAGGAAGCAUGUAUCGACAAGGUUUUGAUCUACUUUUGCGAGGCUCUGAGAAUUAUUGGAGAUUCGUGGACAAAAAAUCAAGACUGGAUGGACAAAGUGACAUUUGAUAUGUUUCACAAUAAUGACAAAUUCAAUUCAGAAAAACUUGUUGAAAAGGCACUGGCAACACUCAAUUGCAUAAUCGAGAUAGCAAAAGAAAAGUAUGAUAUGAUGGAUGAGGAAGAUGACCAGAAUAAAGAUGGUCAACCAGAUACCGCAUUUGGCAAAAUCUUAAUGGGGUCCUAUUCAGAGAGCAAUAGCCCCUCAUUCUGUAGUUCUCCGGUCACACCAACAUCUGUUCUUCCACAGUAUAUGAGUUCUCCCAGUUCUGAUGAAUUUCCCAAUAUUUCUUGCUCAUCCCCUCUUCUCCGAUCUUUGAGAGUUCAGGCUGUGGGAAAACUGAGUCCAAUUGAUAUAAAACGCCUCUCAUUCCACAUGCCCCCAAAUUUCGGAGUUCAAGACAAUAACACCUUGAACCUGAAGAACAAUGUGGAAGAAGAUAUAAUGGUAGAAAUGGAAGCAGAGGACAAAUCGUCGAACCAAACCAACGUAGAUGAGGACUUGAUAUUUGAAAUGGAAGCAAGCAGCAACUCUGAAGUAGCAAAAGCUGAAACUCUUUAUGAUUCAACAGUUCGCAGUAUGAAAAAUGGGUCAGCAGAGAUUGCAACCACUGAAAUCAGAGAGCUGUCAAUGCCACCACCUAUUUUAUCGCCAAAUUUCAUCCCAGCUCCACCGCCUACUCCCCCACCAUUACCACCCACAUUACAAGCCAAAGAAGUAGUAGCACCAUUGCCUCUAUCUGAACCACCACCACCACCUAUGCUGCAAUCAAAUGUAGCAGCCCCGCCUACUCGUCCUCCUUCUCCUCCUCCUCCACCACCACCACUAAUGUUGCAGCCCAGUAGAGUAGCAGCUUGUAUUCCAUUGCCACUACCAUCUCCGCAACAACCUCCACCACCACCACCACCAUCACCACCUAUGUCACAGCUUAAUAAUAUAUCAGCACAGGCAGCAGCAGCAGCAGUAGGUGUUCCAUUGGCAUUGCCGCCUCCACCGCCACCCCCACCUAUAACAUCAGGAGCGGUAACAGCUGCACUGCCACUGCCACCACCUCCACCACUUAAGACAUCAGGAAUUGCAAGGGCAGCACCACCUCCACCGCCACCACCUGUGAUGUCUUCAAAAGGAUCCAUGCCGUUGCCACCACCUCCACCCAUGCCACUUGCAAAUGGAGCUGCUCCACCACCUGGUGCUGCAAGAUCCUUACGCCCCAAGAAAGCACAGACUAAACUGAGAAGAUCAAGCCAAAUGGGCAACUUGUAUCGUGUUCUCAAGAAUAAGUUGGAAGGAGGAAAUCAAAACAUUAAAUCAGCCAAUGGACGGAAGAAUACAGCUGCAAGUAGUGCUUCUGGAAAGCAAGGAAUGGCUGAUGCUCUAGCAGAGAUGACAAAGAGAUCAGCAUACUUCCAACAGAUAGAAGAAGACGUUCAGAACUAUGCAAAGUUAAUCACAGAGCUGAAGACCACCAUUAGUACUUUCAAGACCAAGGACAUGACUGAGCUAAUCAAGUUUCACCAACAUGUUGAAUCCAUCCUUGAGCAUUUAACUGAUGAAACACAGGUGCUUGCGAGGUUUGAAGGUUUCCCUCAAAAGAAGUUGGAAGCAUUGAGGACUGCAGCAGCGUUAUACUCGAAGUUGAAUGGAAUUACUUCUGAACUACAAAAUUGGAAGGUAGAAACUCCCUUGGGGCUACUCCUUGACAGGACUGAACGUUACUUCAAUAAGAUAAAAGGAGAAAUAGACACCUUAGAGAGAACCAAAGAUGAGGAGUCCAAGAAAUUCCAAAGUCAAAAUAUCGACUUUGACUUCCAUAUCCUUGUGCAAAUCAAGGAGUCAAUGGUGGAUGUUUCCUCUAACUGUAUGGAAUUGGCACUCAAGGAGAGCAGAGAAGCAAAAGCAGCAGAAUCUAAAAAAGUUAAUGCCAAGAUGCUUUGGAGGGCUUUUCAGUUUGCAUUCAGAGUUUAUACCUUUGCUGGUGGACAUGAUGAUCGUGCCGACAAGCUUACAAGGGAACUGGCUCAUGAAAUAGAGACUGAUCCUCAUCACCGCUAAUCUAUCAUUACUUAAAAAAAGAAAAAGAAAAAAGAAAAAAAGGAAACCCCAUUAUAGUACAUGUUAUAUGCUAUAUAGUACGGCAAAGAUCCAAGUAAAAUGAUUGUCAUGAAGGAUCAAUUCCUAGGCACUACUUUUGUUUUAAUUUUGAAGAACUAGGACUUAGCAACUGCUGCCUUGAGUUUCUAUAUAUCCAUGAGUUCUCUGAAGAAGAAACACUGAGCUGAAUUUCUAGCUAUAAAUUGUGUAUUGUGUGUAAUUUUGGAGUUAUACAUGUUGAGUGACUGAUUGUUUCA